AUGUUCGUCAAAGUUUACGAGAAGGCAAAAACCAGGUUUUGUAAAUAUUUCAUGUCCAAAAUGGUACACAUUUCCGGGCUUUUGGACAAAGACUACAUGAAUGCCUUCGAUAAUUUUGAUCUUGACAAACCAAACUUUGAACUUGCUUUGGAUAUUUCUUUCAAGUUGGACCAUCUUCUUAUCCCAAAAGAGCAUCGUGAAAGUGUUAUGAUCUUUUAUCUCUUCGAGGCCAUGUUAGACGAAAAAGCAAGCAAGAACAUUUUUAAUUGCUGGGCCGAAAAGGUCAAGGAAGAUGGAAAGGAAGGUGAAGUCUUAGUUUACGUAGGAAGUUUUUCUGGAUACUUUGGUAGUAUAACUUAGCCGUCGACCUGAUGGAAAAACUAACAGACGAAAUUGACUCCAUUCGACUGACAGUGACAAAUUACUUGACUCUGGUGGUGACUUUAGCUCAGGUUGUCGAAACUUCAGUCACCACUGCCGACAACAGUCCUUCUCAGGACUUCACUCAACCGGACGAUCAUAGUACACAAUUAAAGCUAUUGAGCGUAAUCGGAUCCUUUCGGUAAGGAGCUUUCCUCCUUCUUAUUUUGUUCGAAUCUGUUCAAACGCCCAAAGAAUCCUUCACAAUGAAGUUAUACGGGGUAUAUGCACUAAGAUUCGGUAUAUUUUUUCUCAGUUUUGUUGACCAGGCCCAACAAGGUCGUUUGUCGCAAUAUACACAUCUUUUUUUAUAAUCUUAUAGAGGGUAACUUCCUGAAUUGGGUCAGGGUUUGAAGAUGCAUAUGCGUCCCUACCCAAACUUUCCUUAAACAUUCCUGAAGUUAACUCUCAUUGACUUUCUAAUGGGAGAUAAAAACAACGCUCUCUGGUUAAGAAUGUGCAUAAAACUUAGAGGGAGAGAGAAACUUGUUUUCCUUGUUGUCUUUUUAGGUUCCUUGCUUCGAGCAGAACUUAAAUGCCACGAAACAUUGAUGGUUCUUAAACUUGAGGGAUGGCAGAGAGCAUUGACAGUCGCGAGGAGAGCGAAAGAGUUACUUAGCAAAGUGCAGAAGGAAAUUAAGAGCAAAGAAUCCUUUAGGUUGACCAAGAGUUCUUACCUGUUCUCUAGGGGUGAAGUUUAUUAUAGAGCUGGGAAUAUGGCCAAGUCACUGAGGAUUUUGCACAAGGCGCUGAAGAUAAUGGAAAAUAUACUUCACAGCCACACAAGCACUUCAAGGUGCUUAAACGCCAUUGGAAACUGCUACAACAAGCUAGAAGAACAUGACGAGGCCAUGAAAUACUACAUGAGAGCAUAUGAUAUCAGACGACACCUUUCUGGCUCAAUGAAACAUUUUGACAUGCCCCUCUUCAAACGACAGAUCGGGACGGUUUAUGAAGGAAAGAAAAAAUUUGAAAAGGCAAUCGAAUGCUACAAAGAGGCCUUAGAGCUCGCCAAGAAACUAAAAAUUCCAGGCAUGGUUGACAUUGCGCUGUACAAUCAAAACAUUGCUAACGCGUACUGUUGGUUGAGAAACUUUGAAGACGCCUACCAACCUGCAAAGAACGGUUACGAGAUCCGGAAGGUCAUUUUGGGAAGGCACCCUCAGACUGCUCGAAGUGCUUUCCAAAUGGCGCAGAUUUGUCGAAGCUUGAAUGGCUUUAACGAAGCGGAAGAGUUUUAUGAAGAAGCAUGGGAGAUUGAGAAGUCGCUGGGCCAAGGAAACCACAGCGAGGUCAUGGUCAGAAUCGUUGAGAGCUACGAAGCGAUCCUUCUCAAAGGAAAGAGGAAAAAUCAGUUUCGACAAGAAGCACUCGACUUUUAUCUACGCUACUGGGACGAAGAAAAAGCCUUCGAAGGUUUUGAAUUUUCUUUCGCCAACAAGAGAAUUAUUGAUUCAAUAAACGAAAGGUUUAGUGAAUUUGGCGACCGGCAAACACAGAAGAGAUGCCAAAAAGAAGCUCUAUGGUUUUAUGAAGGCGCGUGGAAUUCACCCGACACGAGAAAGUUACCAGACACCGCCAGAGAGGAAAUUCUGCAAACUCUUUGCAGUCUCUGUGCCCAGCUUCGCGAGAAAAGUAAGGUCGAAAAGUACAGUAACGAAGCCUUUUCAUUUCAUGAAAAGAAGUGGAAAAGAAAUAAGGAAGGGAUGUCAAAGCACGACAGAAUCGCCAUUCUCACCACUCUUGUACACAUGGCUACAUCACAGGUGAAAGAGAAAAAGAAACAGAAGUAUGAGAGUUUGUUGAAGGUAUGACAAAGUUCUUUAACCUAUCAGUGUAUGACAUCAACAUAAACGGAUUUUAGCCGGUUUGGUAUGUAUGAUAGUGCGAUCGUUAACUUUCACUAGUUUUCCACUCAGUAGUUGGUUAAACCUAGCAACCUCGCGAAAUCUACCUAGCUAGUCUCCUUGUGGAAAUGAUGUAUCCCUGACUUGCCAAAGGCGUUGUCCUUACAUUCAGUUGCCCAAGAAUGCUACAUUAUUCUUCGUGGCUCAAGAACAUUUUGCUUUUCAUCAGCCCUUUACGUUACUUAGAUUAGAAUUAAUGGCGAUUAUCUGAACUUUUUCGCAUUUUAAUGCUCCCUCAGGAAGCCAGACAGAGCGAAACCUUGAUCGGAAGAAUGAAAGAAUUCCUUUCUUCAGGAGCAAAAGGUAUUUGAUGAAGGAAAACUUUGACCAUAAGUCAAACAUAUAUUAAAUAACGAAAGACACACGCGUUCUCUCGAUAACAUUAGUUAAAAACGCCUUCAAGUUCGCUUAUUAAAAAACGUGAUUAACCAGGUUUUUUUUGAUAAGCGUACUUUCAGGCGUUUUUUUACCAAUAUGUCCGAAAGAACGCGAGUGUCUUUAGUUAUUUAUCUACAUGGUUGAUGUUUUGUAAAGUUCGUCAUUCCACGAGGUGUGGGCGAACAAAGAUUUCCUCUUAUUGUUUUUUAAAAGUAAGAUUUGCUUUUUAUUGGCGCAAUCUUUUUAAAACAAAAAACUGUGUUAUAUUUUAAGCUGAACAGCUGUCCAGUGAGGACGAUGACGAUGACAAUGAAGUUGACAUUCCUUCCGAUGAUGAUGAUGAUCUCGAUAGUAGCAGUGGCAGCGAAGAGAUUCCAGAGGCUAGUGGGCAAGUGCAACAACCAACAAUUCCAGAAGAAGAUGGCGAAGAAUUAGAAAGUGAGCAGGAACAAGAUCCAGAUAGGAUAAAGAUACGCGAGUAAGUGGAAAUGAAUGAGUCGCUUGCGUUUGCGCAAAGAUUUCUGAGAUCGCCACGGGGCAAACAUUGCAAGUUGUUGUAAAGAAAUAUAUGGAGAGAGAUCGAUGCUUUUUCGCCGAAUUUUUAUCAUAAAUGAAUUAGAUAAUGUUAAUACGAGGGAACUGUUAGUUUUCGUCGAAAUUACCACGAAAUCAUGUUAUAGAAUAUACCGAUAUUCUCUCCUUGCCUAAGGUCUAUUAUGAAGUCGUCGUCGCUUAAUGGUCUCGACAUUGUACAAAAUUAGCCAUAAAUCGCUAGGAAAUAACUCUUUUAAGUCUUUUCAGUUUUAUUUAUGGAUGUACGGUCUGUUUUCAUACGUGUUAACGUAUUAAGUAAACAAAAUUACGACGUCCGAAAUAUACCUCCUCAACGGGGAGAAGUCGUUGGCAGCAGACAAGGAAAUCAUUUUUACCGAGCUGUUGCUUUUUGGAAGGAUGAAGUAAGUGAUGACGUGGGGAGAAACACGAGACGUUUCUCCUACACUUCUUUCGUGCUCUAGCCGCUUCUUGCGUGUUUUACAACAGAACAGAGCACAGUCAAGGCUUCUCUAUUUGUUGGAAAGAAGAAAAACUUUUCCUGAGAACAAUCAACCAUGACGGUCACACACAAUUGAGAAUUUCGGGAUUGAGUGAAAAUGGCUAUUUUGAAUGCUGUUCAUAAAAUUUUUAAGCAGAAUGUUAUUCAUUCUCUUACUUGAAGAGAUAACUGAGAUACAAAUUUCACUAAAAUUUUUCAAAACCAACAAUUCAUCAGGAAAAAGUACACCUACACAUAUUUAGAAGAAGCAUUGCUUCACUGAGUUAAGUACUCACGAUUCGUGAUAUUCGGAAGCGUUUCAAUUAGUCCGGUUAAGUAAAACUUUUUUAACUUCUUCCCCAAUAUCCGUUUCGCGUUAUUUAAACGCUUAUAGACCUAUAAAAAGUGCAUCUCAGAUUGCUCAAAAUUUAUUCAUUAAAUGUAGUAUUGUUUUAGUUUAGCAUCACUGCAGAGGGUAAAUAACUAUUCAAAAGGAAACCCGAUUCUGCUGUAUAUUCACCCAGAAAAAGGUUACAAAAUACGUCGUUUCGGCCUUGCCCAGCGAAGUUGACUGUAUCUUCGUGAUUUGACUUCGAGUGUCCACCCUCGAGCAUAAAAUACCAAAAUGUUGUGUUUUCCAUGAGUUUUCACUAAUGGAGCCAGAUACAGACAGCCAUUUUGUGCAGUUCGCAGAACCACAUACGCGUAAGACUCGAGAGCGAAAACUCAACCAUUUAUUUACAGGUAUUCCGAUGAAAAUUCCAGAAAUGUUCCAGUAAUCAAACUCAAUAAACAUCCAGUCGGGCAAUAAGGCAGUUUUUCUACGAACAGAAAUUACUCCUUAACCGAGCCAAAUUACAAUACACGUAAAAUACGAUAGAACUUACCGACUUUUGUGAGUUUACAGUGACCCUAGCUCAACAAUUUUGGUUACCAAAAUAUGCCAGUACAGGCACGGCGACUGGUUCUUAUUCGACAAAGGACGUGGCCGAUAUCCCGGUGAUGGCAUCAAAAUGUAGGCACGCAGUGGGAACUACAAACCAGCUAGCUCCGCAUCAAGAUGGUCCAUCAUUGAAGUUGAUGAGACCGAGUUUGAAGAGCUGUAAAACCGUCUUGAAAGAGAAAUUCACUUUACAUUCAAGAGGGAACAUGAUCAGCGUUUCCACUCAAGCAAAGGCUUGAUAAAUGUAAUUUUGUGUUUAUUUCAGAAGUAAAAUUGCACACGAGUCAGAGACCUGGAAUCUUGCAGAAGCUGGUGCAUCCAUCACAUUUAACCUCGGAGCGUUAACAAAGUCCUUGACCAUAACAUGUUCAUUAUGGAGCCCCGCAGCCCUCUCUCCGCCUAUUGGUAGUAAUGAGCUCUUGGUAAGCAAUGUGAUUGAACUGUCUCAUGAUGGCCCACCUGAUCUGGAAUUCAUGGAAAAUGCUUCGGGAAGCAUAAAUGUGGCUUUGUUGCACAGUGCCUCUAACUUCAAAGGAUACGAGGUGGUUAUCAAGCAUUUGGUUGACCCCCAAUACAACGAGUGGGAGGAUUUGGAGACAAAAAACGUUUGGCAUUCGUCAGGUACUGAAAUAAUAAAUUUUACCGAUGAGAUCCAUACACAAGUAUCAUUCCAUAUACUUCUUGCUAAUUUCUCAAUUCCUAGUUAGGGUCAUUUAAGGGAGGUGGGGAGCCGGCUUAGUGGUUCGUGCACUUAACUCCAGAUCGACAUUUAUAGUUUCAAGGUGGUGUGUUCUCGGGCAAAACUAGGAAUGGAUUAGAAUGGCAGCAUGGAGAUUCUCCCAUACAGACCUCCAGCUUGGUUAAUAGGGACUAAGGAAUAAUUAAAACGAAUUACACCUGCAGGAAUGUUAUUAACAGUAUCUUUACCUCAGACUUCCCGCUCUGUGACAAAUAUUGAAGUAAUAGCCAUAACCAAUAAUAUCUAUUUUAGCAUUACUAAUAAUAUUAUUAUGUUAUAGUAAAUCCAACCGUUCCCAUUUGGACGUGCCCUUUCGCUGAAGCUGCAUGCUCAAAAACGUGGUUUUCCACGUUUGCAGCAGUCUGGCGCCUCAAGUCUUUUGUCUUUCCUAAGCUUACGUCUGAGACCUCUGAGUUUAUCUGUCCACUGCCAGACUAUCCAAAUGUUAGUGGUGCAAUUCCAUGGAGUUCUUUGCCUACCGAUAGAGACUUUUUUUUAACUCUUAAGGUAUUUAUACCCUAUGUUGCAUUUGUAAGAAAUAAGUAAGAUGAUGAUGAUAAUGAUAAAAUUUAUUUUCACCUUUAUUGUUAUCAUUAAUAUCAUUAAUACAAUAUCUAUCAUUUAUUUCAUAAGAAUUUAUUAGUGAUGAGAAAAAAAACAUGCUAAGAGGGUGUUAAAUUGAUAUAAAAGCAAAUGCUCUGAUCUAAAUUACGGUCGAUAACGGAUUUUAUGAAAAAUAACAUGUUAGUAUGUUCAGAGUGCAUAGAUUUCAGCUGAGAAAAGAAUGUUUAAUCAAAUCUAUUUAAUGGCCCUAUUUUAUUUGGGAAACUACCGGUAGCUAACAAGAGUACCUUGGGUUAACAUAAAUUUCUGAUGUGAUUAUGUUGGCUCUUAAUUUGAGGUGCAAGAGGCGCCAACCAUUGACCACAAUGUAGGUGGAAUGUUUGUUGGUCCGAUUCUUCACAUUUCGUGCUCACACGAUGUGAAGCUGUCAGCGCCAGCAAAAAUCAGCUUCCCGCUGGUACUCACGGACAGUGAAAUAGAGCCAGUGGAGCUGCGUUCAGGUCAGUUGAAGAUACUACAUUUCACGUCAACAGAGAAAUCACAAGAAUGGACUGAUAUCACAGAUCAUAUGGAUAUAGUCCUAAGAAAUGGAAUAGUGACGUUCCAAGUCAAAACUUUCGGCCGGUAAGAUAAAGAUGUAGACCUAUUUUGCUAGCUGUUUACAUUUUUUUUUUUACAUUUAUUGAAGUAAACCAUUAGUUUUAGAAACGCGAUGUCCGCUUUGCAACUGUUAUGAAACUCCAAAUUUCGUCAGUUCUUAUGCUGUGGGUUUGAAUAUGAUAAUAAGUGCAAAAGAGCACUGAAAAGUAACAUCGAUCGAUUAAUCAAUGUACUCAAAGUACAUCAUACGCCUGGUUUUUGAGAUAUUUUGAUUCCACUGGCGAGUGACUUAAAAAUAGGAAGCAUCCAGUAAAAAUUCUAAGGAAGUUGAAAAACAAAGAUGCUUGACGCCAAUUUUAUCGCAACAACUGCUCCUCAUAUGUACCAAGGUGAGGUAUACCUACUUGUGAGUAAAAGAACCAUCCCCCCCCUCUGCCCUCGUCCUCCACCCCCUCCUUCCCUCCUUCUCCUUUCUCAACAUUGGGUGAAUCCCUUGAGCUUCUCUAAGUUAUUAAAGCUGGCUUUAAAAUUAAAAGUUCUCACUGAAAAAAGUUUCUUCUCAAGAGGCCAACACGCUUUCUAAUAAGUGUAGAUGCGUCUUAAAACGUGUAUUUUUUGGUUCAUGACGUGUAGAGUUUUCUGCCAUUCUCUUUCAGGUUUUGGCCCUGGUUGAUAAAGACGUCCGCUAGCAUUCCACGGAAAUAUGCCUCGCUCCUAUACGAGAGAAUCAUGAAACGCCACGUUGGGUUUUUAGCUUGCUUAUGCAAGGAUACAGUACCCUCGACAUACUUGCUGGAGUUGUUUUGUUUCCCGCAGCAUUUAAGAUCUGGAGUGGAUAACUAUAUAUCCUCAAGAUAUUUUGUGACUUUGCGUAGAGAAGAAACCUCGCAGAAACCUCUGUCGAGCGGUGAUGAGACAUAUGUUUCUCUUUCAAAUGGAUUUGAAGUGCAUGGGGCGGGAAAUGCAAAGGACAUCGUCUUAAAGUAAGGACCAGCCCUGUUACGUUUUAUCGGUCCAUCAUCAUCAUCCGCUCAUUUGUAAAAUAACGUGAAAAGACAUUGAUCCUCUGCCUCUCAGGCAUGCUAUAUUGACCAAUAGUAAUGAUGGAAUGGUGCAGUAAGCGCAAAUAAUUAGAAUCUUCUCCUCUUAAUCAAAAAACCUAGAGAUUCAUCUGUGACUAAACAGUGACUAAAAGAAGGGUUGAGAAAGCGGCAAUGGCCCUCGAUCUUAAGAUCACAAGUCUGUUACACAUUCAAAUUAUCCAUUCUAACCUCUUACCUUAAUAAAGCUCAGACUCUUAGAGAAAUUUAAACUUCAGUACUGUAAAGUUAAAUAGGUUCCUUAAGUAUGUGAUUCCUUCAUUAAGUUCGACCGAGAAGAAACCCAAAAUAACUUGACGGGUGUUUUUUCCGCUAGCAAAGAUGCAUAUUUAAGUGAUUUGCUAAAUUCGCUCUUCCGGAAAUCUAAGAAAAAAGUUGUUAUUCAUCUAAACUUUUGUUCCCUUUUUUGUGCGAGGUUUCUUGGUGACAGACGUCUUCAGCGAAGUCUGCUCGUUAGCAUUAAAGACCCGAGUGAUCUGCGUGUCCACUUUCUGCAGGGCAGGGAGAGAGAGAAUUCCCCAAUGAUAUGUCAAGAGCCCAUCAUUCCAAGAUCUCCAGUACAGGUAUUUACGAUACUGCUGUUUAAAUGCAUAAAUCUGCCUUUUCAUUCAUUUAAAAAUAUUAUGUGGAUGAGUAAAAUUGUACUUAUGUCGUAAAUCGCUACGCUCAAACGAGGUUCGUUGUUUUGACCCAAAAUCACCAGAACUCAACCAAACAGUGUGUUUAUAGUGAAAUAUCCAAUAUUUUAUUGAAGUAUAAGGACGAUUAUAAUGUAAGGUAAAGUCAAAGAGUUAUACUUGUAGCUUUUUGUCUAGGCUUUCCUCGACAUACAUAUAUUUGGCGAUCAUCAUCGUCCAACUGCCUUGCAACUCUGACAGUUUUUCCACAAAUAAAUUUAAGCUGUUCCGAAUAUUGGAUGUUAGUCAUAAUACUCCGCUGAAACAUACGUUUUGGAGGCCGCAGUCUUCCGAGAUGAAACUUAGGGUGUACCUGGCGGUAUCCUUGUGAAAAACAUGUGGCUGCACCCAUAUAUUUUCCAGAGACACUAAUUUGGCGACAGUGAUCCAUUGAUAUAAAUAUGUUUACCCUUCCUGUAAACAUUAUUGCUUGCUAAUGUUUCCUAUACGCUUUAUAUGAAAUUUAACAUGGCUGGGAUAAGCUUUGCUGUAUUCAUUUUGCCAAAAAAAAAAAAAAGAAUCAACAAAUACUCAAGAAAAUAAAGCGGCCACACUAGGAUCCGGCCUUCCGAUCCUUUGAUGAAGUUUUAUUUAAAUACCAGUAGUAAUCUCAGGGAUGAUCAUCUUACGAAAUAAGAGUCAUGUCGAAAAAAAUAAGAGUUUGUAUGGGAAUAAUUACGACCGCUCUUAGGGUUAAAAAAAAAGGAGUAGUAAACUUAGAUAUGGAUAACUCGCCAAAAUCGCCUAGUUGCAACAUACGGUUUAAUCUAACCGACAGAAAAACACUACAAUCUUACAAACUCUACUACUUUAAUAAACAGUGAGUAAUGUUCUUAACAAGAAGCGACUCCCAAAAGCAGUACAUUGCUUAUCGUUAAUCAACUUAAUUAAGCUCACAGUUUAUAUCCUAGUUCACCACUGACACAAUCUCACUGCUGCCUCCAAAGCUUUUAAAACAGUCGUCGCUCCGACAGCAACAACUACUAUUACCACUACAUAAGCAAAUCUUCAUAUAUAUUCAUAAAGUGUUCUGGAACAUUCCAGAAGCUUACUUAAGAGCUAUUUUAGUAGUAUCACAUAAUAAAUACGUGACUUGAUGAAAUGUUCUGGAAAGUUCUACGGUAUGCAAGUCGGCAUGACUCAACAGUCUGGAAAUUUCUAGCAACAAUUAUCCACAACACAAUGCACUGUGAAAGUAAAGUGGGGUAUUUUUUAUUGAGAAAUUGACUGUAUUUUUUUAUUCCUUAGGGAGGUCGUUAAUAUUCUUCUACAAACUGUUACAUUUUCGGUAUUACUCUUGUAGCCAGAGUAGACGUAAUUUUGGCGAGCGAGUGCUCGGCAUUUUCUUGACGAAAAUUUUGGCACCACCCUUGAUUUUAAUGGCAGCAGAACGCUGGGGAGAGAAAUAAAUUUGUACCAAGGGGGCGGUCGACGGUCAAAAAUAAGGAGAGGGGUGGGGGUGGGGGAAGCGUAGAUAACGCUUGCCUGAAGUCAUUACUAUUUUGCAAACUCCGUUCGCCCACGACCGGAGUUCCUGAUUAGUGCGGUUAAGCCCCAGUUGUCAAUCACAAGCCAAAUGUGUCAUUUGAGCGUCAUUCUAACAUUUCCUUCUUGCGAGAGAAAGAUCGAGAAAGAGAAAGAAGGCGAACUCUGAUUGUGAAUUAAUUAGUUUCGAUUCCGCUCUUGAGGAAGCACUUAAGUGUCUUUCGGAAUUUAAUAUGUCUCGCGCAUUAAAAUCAGAACAAAAAGAAACAAUUUCUACACUGGUUUCUAAAAAAGAGUUCCUGGCCGUGUUGCCAACUGGCUUUUGGAAAAACCUGAUAUUUCAGGGGUUGGUUCUUAUUAAAGAAAUCAUGACGGGAAACCUUCGAGCGUAGUUGUCGUUUGUCCGCCUCAAGUUUUUGCUUAUGAUCAAACGGAAUAAUCUCCUUCGAUCAGAUUAACGGUAGCUACACCCACGGGUUGUCAUUUGGAGGAUAUAGCGGCAAAUAUCAACUCGUAUUCGCGUCAGCAGAUAACGUUUUGGUGAAGCCAUUUUUUUCCGUUUAUGAAAAAACAGCCACACCGUUGCACCAUAGUAUGCCGGUUUGCAUUAACGAAAUUAUGGCGGGUAAACCCUCGAGUGCAAUUGUUUGUUGCUAUACUCAAGGAUUUUCGUUCGGAAAUACCGAGUUCAGCUAAUAUCAGCUCAUAAUUGACCACGGACGAGAUUUUGUCGAGGCAGUUUAUUUUCUGGCUAAAAAAAAAACUGCCUCACCGUUUUCUUUUCAACAGCCUCCUCGGGCAGGUGUCUUUUCGCGCUCCCCAACCCCCUACCCUCCUCCCCCCUUUUUGACUACAAAUCAAACGUGGCCGGUCGGAGAAACGAUCGCGAGCUUACAACGUUAGCUCGCACUAAUAAGACGCCGGCACUGCAGGCUAUGACUGUUAUUACGCAAAAUGACCAUCUCACAGCUGGGCUGCCUGUGCAAUAAUCUAUCUUUUGUCUCUAGUCAAACUGCACAGAUCUGUAUUUGCUUCCUGUAGUCCAAGAAGAUAGCAUUGCACGUCAGCUCAUUUACAACAUUUCAGAAUUGUAGCCUGUGAGCUUCUCAAGGUGUUUUUCCUUCUUGCAGGUGUGUCGUCCAUCUGGGUUCGUCCUUCCCUCAUCAGAAAUUCAAAGAGCUCAGGUUUGUUGCUUGUUUAUUCAUUUAUUAAAUAUGCUUAUUUAUUCUUUCAUUCCUUUCUUCCUUAAAUUCUCUACUGUGUUAUUCCUUUAGUUGGCCAUUUAGUCUUAUGACUGGCUAGUUCGUUCUAUUUUUGACCAUGGCUAUUGAAUUGAAACCCUUUUGGUAUUGUGGCAACUUUCUUUUUAUAAAAGCAGUGUUUCAUGGAAAAAUCAGAGUCAAAGUCUGACUGUUGUCUGUCGCAAUAUUGCAGGAAAUGCCUCGGUCAAAUCGAAACAUUCAGUCCUCGGUGGACGCGGAUUCACUUCACGUGCACAAGAAGAAAUUACAUGUCACUCUUCUAGCAACUGAAUGGUGUUCGGCAAAGGGUGGUUUGUCUACUAUAAACAGAGUGCUCGCCAAACAGUUUUCAUCGAGUCCCAAUGUAAAAGUCACUUUGUUCGUUCCUCCAUUUGAAUGUGAAUGUAAGGAAAAAGACAAAGCAGAAGCUUUUAAAUGCGAUAUUAAUAUUGAGGAAGCAGACGGAAAAAUGUCUAACUCCACAGACCCCCUCAACUGGUUGGCAUUUCCCCCGGAGAAACUCCACAUAGACGUUGUUGUUGGUAAUGGUUGGAAGCUUGGUUGGCAGGCAGAGAAAAUCAGGAGAAGCCACUCCUGUAAGUGGGUACAGAUGGUCCACACAUGCCCCCGAAGAACUUGCCAUGCAUAAAAUCUGUGACACACCUCUCUCCAGAGGUGAAGAAAAGCAUGCGUCGGAAGUUUCCUUGUGCGAAAAGGCCGAUCUUGUUGUUACCAUUGGACCCAAAUUAAAGGAAGCUUUUGCUAAGUCCCUCCGCCAUUGCGAAGAAGAAAAAUCUGUGUUAUCGAUAACACCAGGUGUCUUUUCUGAAUUUGAGUGUGUGAAAACCUCUGCUGCUGAUUUGGAGAAGUUUUACAUUUUAGUUUUUGGCCGUUGUGAUCCAAAGGAUUUGUCCAUAAAAGGCUAUGAUACUGCGGCAAAGGCCGUUGCUAUUUUACCCAGUAGGUCAUAUCACCUUACCAUCAUGGGUGCAACCGCUAACAAUCAACGAGAGCUUGUUGAUAUUUUAGUCAGUUGUGGUUUACCGCAUUGUCAGUUUGUUGUAAGAAAGUUUUGUACAGAUCGGGAACACUUAGUAAAAUUGUUUUCGCAGUUUGAUCUCGUCCUCAUGCCAUCAAGAACAGAGGGGUUCGGUUUAACUGGCCUUGAGGCCUUGUCUGCUGGUAUUCCCAUUCUUGUGAGUGGAAACUCAGGAUUUGCUGAAGCCUUGAGAAAAGUGAAAUUUGGUGAAUUGUAUAUUGUAGAAGAUUUUGAGGAUGCUAAUGAAUGGGCAAAAAAAAUCAAAUCCAUUCGACAGAAAGAGCGGCGAUUGAGAUUUGAAGAGAUUCGACAACUAAGGACAUUCUACAAAGACAAGUACAACUGGGAGAGUCAGUGUCAAGACCUUGUGGCGACAAUGUCAAACAUGGUGUAUGGUAUGAUUUAGUUUGUUUUUUAUCUAUUUGUUCGACGGGGAGGAUUUAUGCAACACAGACCGUAUCAAACUUCAGUCUGACACUAUCAUACCGUUGUUUUUGUGAUGCAAGAGAGUAACAAUAACGAUUGAGAUUUGAAUUACUUGAGAAUUCUGGAACGAGCCAGGUCAAAUCAAUUUGCCGUCAUAAUUUUUUUUAAGUCCUCAAAACUGCACUUGCUAGUCUACCUCCCUUGUUUUCUUCCACUGGACUAGAAUAACCUUAAUGGUAUUGAUUCGUUCUCCUUGUUGUCUAGCUUAACCCUUGCGUCCAAAACUGGAAGAAGUGAAGACGAACACCAGAUGGAAUGCACUCAUUAUGGUAGUCGUGGUUGUGGGCGUUCUAGUCGCUUUCAUUUCUCUCCUACUUCACAGAGGGCGAAUUUGUUCCUGAAGUGUUCUUCUGUAUUGGAUUAACGUAACGUUUCCAUUUUCAAACAAGUUUAUAAUGGACUUAAAAUGCGUUUAGCUUUUAAUCUUUUGAAAAAUAUUUCCUUUUACUAGAUCAAGAGUUCGAGCAACACUUCUUUGGGAAUUAGUUGCAUAGAUUUUGGUAAUGAUUUUUUUUUAACGAGAACGUAUUAGCUGAGGAAGCCGUGAAAGAAACAUAACUAGUUAAAAUCCCGGAAAUAGCAAACAAGAGAUCCGCAACAUGACUUACGGUGACGCAAAACGCAUUUUAAAUGGUGCUCCUGGAAAUUUCUAUAGUUCGUACGUUAUCGAAAAUUACGUAAGAUGCCUGUGGCAGACCACGUUAAAAAUUCGCUUGAGUGUUGUCGUAAUCAGUAGCGCGCUUGUGCUUCUCACUGAAGUUUGGCUUCAGUCAGUGAGAAGCGCGAAAGAAGCCUGUUAGAUGACUGCAUAUCCUGUGUUGAUCAUUUUUUUGUUUGUUUUUGUCUUUAUUUCAUUCCUGUACUCUAAGGAGACAGCAUUAAAUUAUCAUUUUCCAC